CGUAAAAUUAAAGAAUGAAACGGCAAAAAAAAUCCAAAACAGUACUUUGAAACCCUUCCAUUUAUUAUCACAGAGAACAGCAUAUUGUUGUUAUCGAUAUUCUUAAGAAAUCAAAGUAUAGCUGAUUCACCAAGGACCCCUCUGAAUUUCGUUGUAACCUCAGGUACAUUAUUUCAAAUUAAUUCCAUUGACCCUUUUAAUUAUCAAUGUCUGAUUCGACUUUCAAGGAUUAAAAUUGAAUUAAAAGCCAAAAUCUUAUGAUACCCUUGUUGGGUUCAGUAAUAUUGUGUUAGGGUUUUCAAUUCUCAAAGCUUCCUCGAUCGAACAGUGGCAAUCAAUGAAAGGGGAAGUACAGCUUCAGCCUCCACAGGUUCUGCAAAACCCUAGUGAUUCCGAUCCUUUACUUCAUCACCAGGAGGAGGACGAGUCGCCGGGAAGCUCUGGUGAGAUUAAGGAUGAGGAAGACGUUGAGGCUGGUUCACUCCCUUGUUGUCGAAUUUGCCUCGAAAGCGAUUCCGACCCUGAGGAUGAAUUGAUAUCUCCAUGCAUGUGCAAAGGGACCCAGCAGUUUGUCCAUCGUUCAUGCCUUGAUCACUGGCGCUCAGUAAAGGAAGGGUUUGCCUUCUCACACUGCACCACCUGCAAAGCGCAAUUUCAUCUUAGAGUUGAAUUGUUUGAGGACAACUCUUGGCGAAAAGUAAAGUUCAGACUUUUUGUGGCAAGGGAUGUUUUCCUUGUUUUUCUGGCUGUACAAACUCUGAUUGCUGCUAUUGGUGGCUUUGCUUACAUCAUGGACAAAGAUGGGAGCUUCAGGAACUCCUUCGAUGAUGGUUGGGAUAGGAUACUGUCAAAACAUCCUAUACCAUUUUAUUAUUGUAUUGGAGUGCUGGCCUUCUUUGUACUUAUUGGAUUUUUUGGUCUCAUACUGCAUUGCUCCUCCCUCAAUACCAAUGACCCCAGAAUGGCUGGUUGUCAGAACUGUUGUUAUGGAUGGGGCAUCUUGGAUUGCUUUCCUGCAUCAAUGGAGGCAUGCUUUGCCCUCGUGGUUGUUUUUGUUGUCAUCUUUGCAAUUCUUGGUAUCGCUUAUGGUUUUCUUGCCGCCACCAUGGCCAUUCAAAGAAUUUGGCAGAGGCACUACCAUAUCCUCACCAAGAGGGAGCUUACAAAGGAAUACAUAGUAGAGGAUCUUCGUGGCUGCUAUUUUCCACCAAAGUUGGACCCAGAACAUGAAAGUCGCUUGAAAAUGCUCAAGCUUUUGUGAUUCACAGACCACGUAUCUGUAAAAAUAUGUAAUUUAAUGAAUUAAAUAUUGAGUUGUCGCCUUAUUUAACACUUACAAUCUCAGCAACCUUGUUGCUUUAUAUCGUCGCCUUCUUUUCUUUAAAUCAAAAAUCUGGACUUACCAGAUUCUGUAUACUGCAAAUCUGACUCUUAAAAAACUAGUGAAAAUAUAUGCAGUCAGUUGUCCAU